AUGCUCAGCGGGUGGACGGCUGUGUUGCCCAAGUUGCAGGAAGACUCAAGCAGGUUCACGGUGACGGUUCAGGACGUCACUUGGUUAGCGUCCUUAAACCUAAUAGUAGGUAUCGGGGUCUGUCCUUUGGCCGGAACCCUGGGGGAACACGUGGGUCCCUGCCGUCUCCUGUUCCUGGCGAUGUUCCCCGUGCCUGUUUUCUGGCUCAUAAAGGCCUACACGCCGUGGCUCCCUCUGCUGUACGUGUGUCGAGCUGCCCUGGCGAUCAGCACGUCCAUUUUGUGCACGAUGGUACAACCGCUGAUCGCUGAGCUGUGCCCCGCCGAGAUCAGAGGCCUGGCGGGAACCUUGCCCGAGGUGAUGGGCUGUGCGGGGAUCCUGCUCUCCUACGUCCUGGCUUACCUGCUGCCUUGGGACGUGGCCACGGCGGUAUCGGCCGCUCCCUUCGUGCCACUGGUCUUGCUCAUGCUUCUCGUGCCCGAAUCUCCGUAUUGGCUUGUGAGGAAGAAGAGGAUCGACGCCGCCGAGAGGUCUUUGCGAGUCCUGUUGGGCCGCAGCGCUGACGUCACGAAGGAACUCGACGCCAUCAGGAGUACCACGACCCUUAAGCAGUCCAAGGUCAAGAACCAGGUAUCGGGGUCUGUCCUUUGGCCGGAACCUUGGGGGAACACGUGGGUCCCUUGCCGUCUCCUGUUCCUGGCGAUGUUCCCCGUGCCUGUUUUCUGGCUCAUAAAGGCCUACACGCCGUGGCUCCCUCUGCUGUACGUGUGUCGAGCUGCCCUGGCGAUCAGCACGUCCAUUUUGUGCACGAUGGUACAACCGCUGAUCGCUGAGCUGUGCCCGCCGAGAUCAGAGGCCUGGCGGGAACCUUGCCCGAGGUGA